CCCAAUGAUGACAAAUUUUGGCAUACAGCCUGGGCUAGGCAGGAAGCGGAAGAAGCCAGAGAGGGAUAUGAUCGAUGAAAUGCUUGCAGAAGAAGAGAAUGAGGAUCUUUCUAACCAGAAAAGAGCGAAGACUGAAGAAGGGAGUGAUAGAUUGAUUGAGAAUACUAAGAGGAGGGAGAUGAAAGAACAAAACUCUGGCAAAGAGAAGGUCCAAAAUACUGAGAUCAGUAGAAAGACAGGAAAGCUAAUCGUGAAGGUCUACGAAGUGCUUGACAAGAACUCUUUUGAUCAUUUCCGAAAAGUCAUGAAAAAGGUGAACAAAAAGGUGUACACACAUGCAGACAGCAUCAUCAACGAUAUCCUGAUAGCAUUCUUUAACUCAAGUAUUGGAGUUGCAGAUUUGAACUCAGAGAUUUCACCGGUAGAAGUCCCGCUUUAUUUGGACCGAAAGGAUCUAUCCACACAGUUAGCAAUGUACAUGCCCCGAGACAUCAGGCCUAAGUAUAAGGAAAUGCUUAGCAAUUUCUAUACUAAGUAUGAGAGCCACCAUAAGAAUGCUAGAAGUGCUGUUAAGAGACAGGCCAAGACCAAGCCAAAGGAAAUUAAAAAUAAGAUUGACGAAAUCGCCAAAAGAAGAGCUGAUAUUAAGAAAAUGAAGAAAAAGGAAGAAAUAGAUAAGAUGAUGAUGAGAAAAAUCGCUGAAAACACUGAGGAUAGUAAGGGAGAUGAGCCUGAGCCUGAAAACGAUAUCUUCUGAAUGGUUUGCUAUAAGAACGACAACCUCUAUGUCGCUAAAUGUGGCCAUUAUGCAUGUAAGGUGUGCUGGGACUCAUGGCUUGAGAGAUAUCUUGAAUGCCCAAAAUGCAGAAAUAGGACUAGAAAGAACCAGAUUGUCCCUCAGUCACAAGAAGAUGUCUUUAAAAAAUAG